CGCCGCCUUCCCGACAGCGUGAGUGCGUGUCCGCGCGCGCGUGCACGCGCGCAGGACCAACUCGGGCGGCCCGUGCGCGCAUAUCCCCCCCACGUCCCGGGGCGAGACGACUCGACCCGAGUCGGACUUUUUCCUCUGGGAAGCUUUUCUUUUUUAUUUUUUUUAUUUUGACGCGCGGUUCCAACCCGCGUCCGAGCGCGAGGCCCGGAUCAUGGAGUAUACCCCGGUAACCUUCCUCUACAUAUGCAUGGAGUUGCUCGUCGCCGUGUCGUCGGUGGUCGGUAACGUGAUGGUGGUGUGGGCCGUGCGCAUCAACCGCUCGCUGCGGGACACCACCUUCUGCUUCAUUGUCUCCCUGGCCUUGGCUGACAUUGCGGUGGGCGCGUUAGUAAUCCCCCUCGCCAUCACCAUGAGCGUCGGACCCCAGGCGCACUUCUACAGCUGCCUGCUGGGCGCCUGCAUCAUGCUGGUCCUCACGCAAAGUUCCAUCCUCGCCCUGCUGGCCAUCGCCAUCGACCGCUACCUGAGGGUGAGGAUCCCCAUGAGCUACAAGCGAGUUGUGACCCGUCGGCGAGCCGGCACGGCCGUGUUGCUGUGCUGGAUGGUGUCCAUCCUGGUGGGCCUCACGCCGAUGUUCGGCUGGAACAACGUGCGGCAUGUCCGUAGCAAUGGCUCCCUGAUCGUGAAGUGCCAGUUCGAGACGGUCAUCAGCAUGGACUUCAUGGUCUACUUCAACUUCUUCGGCUGGGUGCUUCCCCCCCUGAUCCUCAUGCUCCUCAUCUAUGUGGAGAUCUUCCACAUGAUUCACAAGCACCUCAACAAGAAGAUGACAGUGAGCCAUGUGGACCCCAGCCAUUACUUUGGCAAGGAGCUCAAGCUAGCCAAGUCCUUGGCCCUCGUUCUUCUACUCUUCGCGAUCAGCUGGCUUCCCCUUCACAUCCUCAACUGCAUCACUUUAUUUUGUCCGGCGUAUGAGAAGCCGCCGUUCCUCAUUUACGUAGCCAUCCUCCUGUCCCACAGCAACUCCGCCGUCAACCCCGUCGUGUACGCUUUCGGCAUUAGGAAAUUUCGCACGUCCUUUGGAAAAAUUGGGAAACAGUACGUUCUGUGUCGGGAUUCGGACGGUCAGCUUCCUCAAAGUGUGAGUCAGAGGAGACAGAGGCGCAACGAUCUCGAAAACGACGAUGAUGAUGAUGUGUGAUCUUUGGCAACUAACAUCUACCCUACCCUGUGACCUCAAAGCCUGAAGAAAUACAGACUCUCCUCUCAAAGCUUCUACUGUAGAUCGACUUCAUCCAGAACUCUCCGUUCCUUGUUUCCUGGCGCCAACUGGCCACGGGGAGUGGAGCGUAUGAGUGUUUUGGGUUGGUUUUGAACAAUUUCCCUCGUGGAUCAUUAAAGUUUGUCUAAGACUAAGUCUAAGGAUGCCCUUCCUACGCAACCUAGCUGGGAAUCGGACAAUUGAAAGGCAGAGGCAACUCCACCAGAGACUUUGUCCAGAACUUUCGAAACUAUGAGUACGAGAUAAUUAGACACUGACUCAGAUGGGAAUGUUUUUGUUGAUGUCUCUACCAGCUACCAGUUGUUGAUGUCAUUUGAGACCAGAGGCUUAUCGGGAAUGGGAAUAAGUAAACAUAGAUCUUGUGAUUUACAUGAAGUAUGACAGAGAGCACUCUUUGUAGUUUUUUCAAAUAAGCUGAAAUGUGCCACAUUUAGGGGAAUGUGGUGUUGGUUUGACAGUUUGGUAAACUUGUGACGGGCAAAGGGCCAAACAAAUGCUUUGAGAGGGAGAAGAUGGAAUGUUGGCUGCAUGGAUGCAAAAAAUGUGAUCCCUCGCUAUUAGGGAAACAUCACAGUGUCGAAGGUUUGACUGAGGUCAGAUUGAUAAAGCUACCAACCACUAGUUGCGUUUCCAUUGCAGUUGUUUUGCAAAAUAAAAGAGACAUUUAAAAAAAAAAUUGACAAAGUACAUUUUCGACUCAUAAGUGUUUCCAUUCUGGGGUGUUUUGAAGCAGUUCUCAAAACAUAAAAUGGACGAAUUGCGAUUUCAUCCUUUUGGAGCUGGGAUUGCAAUUUCAGCCACUGCUUUUGCCGUGAUUGUCAAUUUGCUAGGAUGUUACUGAGGUCACGUCCUGCCAUACUUGCCAACUCUCCCCAUUUUCUCGGGAGACUCCCGAAUUUCAGUGCCCCUUCCGAAAAUCUCCCGGGGCAACCAUUCUACCGAAUUUCUCCCGAUGUCCACCUGGACAACAAUACUGGUUGUGUGCCUGAAAGGCACUGCUUUUAGCGUCCUCUCUCACCUGAAAAGGAGACUAUUACAUAUGUCUCCGUUAUCCAUAGGUUUAUCUAUAGCCCAUAAAGCAGGCAGGCACUGAGCUAUUUCUCAGCGUGUGUUUAUUCCAGCCGGCACAUUAAUACACUAACACAUCAUGCAUUGCUUCAAAAAUACGGCAAGUAGUAAUGUCCAAAAACUUAACAGAGACGAAGCAGAAAAAUGAAGAAGAGACAUGGCGACGACAAGUAAGAUGAAGCAGUACGCUUGCCAAGUUCCAAAAUGAUUGGAAAAAAAUAAUUUCCAGUUCAUCCAGGACAGCUUGAAGGGGAAGGGGUAUGCUGCCUGAAAAUUUUGUAGAUCAGACUUCUCCAUUGAACAAUGUGGCCGAACGGAUAUACUCAUUCGAGAACUACCCAAGAAAUACUCGAGUAUUUCCCCAUCUCCCGAAUUCGGAGGUCUCAAGGUUGUCAAAUAUGCGUCCCGUCCAUUAAAUAAGCGUGGUGGUCAAGCGAGCUCUGUUCUCAAUGCAUUUGUGUCUCGAAGAAACAAAUGCCCUAAGCUUGCGUUGUUUUCAGCUGUAGGAACCAUUCAAAUCUCAAAAAGGCUAAAAGUUUCUUCAGUGUUCCUCGAGAGGUCAUCAAAAAGGGCGGAAGAGUGAAAGAUUUCACGAAACGACGACCAGAAAAGCAGUUCACACUCCAGUCCAAGGUAGCAGAGUCCAAGAAUGCACGAGUUUGCAGUGAUCACUUAGUUAAAAGUUUGUUUGAUAUACUUUUAACGUUUAUUAUUUCCCAAUAAUGUAUUACCUUGAUAUUAUUUGUAAAUCUUAAACACAUGUUUGCAAUGAGCAGCAACUCGGCGAGUCUAACUGAAAGACAGCAAAUGUCAACAAAACUUAAAAAAUUUGGGUUUAUACCUAAGACAACAAUCAUAAUACAUUUAUCAAAAACAUUAUCACUGACGAUAACACUAUAGGAUAACAAUAUAUCAGUAACACUAUCUACACAAUUCCAUUCACUUACGACUAUUAACAGCAGCAUGUUUGCUACUUGGUUGAGGCUACCAGCUAAAGUAAUUGGUACUUAGUCAGAAAGGAAGUGGACCUCAGUUGGGGAACUUGGGACUGCGGGGGCAGUUGCAAGACACUGAUGUCUCUUUAAAGCACAAGUUGCGAGGAUGCAAACCUCCAUUAGAGGUUUGUGUUUCAGAUGUCUGAUAAAGCAUUGUUUACUUUGCUGUGUAGAUAAAAUUAGAAAGUACAAGUCAAGUUCUUUUUUGAUGGGGAGGGGGGGGUGUUUAUGUCUGCUCUGUAGGUGUACUGGAGCUGGGCUUAGUUAGAACAGGAUAUGACCAGAAGAAUGAUGUCAUAUUUGUCAUUCUUCAACUAAGUUUGCUUAUAAGUGAACAGGCUGUGACAGAGUGAUUUUUUUAACAAACUUAAAAAACAAAUAGAACAAAGUUGAAAUUGAUGGGUGUGUUUUUUUAGGGUCGAUACCAAGGGUUGGUUGUAAAAAAUGCAGAUAACCGAUAUUUGGAGCCGAUAUUAUUUACAGUAAAAGUUACAUAUCGGCGUUAGAAACAUUGGUGAUUAAAUUAUUUAAUCGCGAUUAAUCGCAUCUUGUCCAUAUUCAACUCAAAAUUAAUCGCUAUAAGUGCAGAUAAGUAAAAUUGUUCAUCAUUGUGUGAACGCGCAAAAGCAUGGUUUUCUACACCAAAAUUUAUCUUUUUAUUAAACUUCUUCAACUUCUUCUUCUUCUCCAAAUUUUGGCGCUCUCCACCCUCCACAUUUUUCACCCGAUUCAAACCGUUACAACUUCAAACUGUUCAGCCUAUUCUGGAAUCAAAGGGUUUCCCUUGAAAAAUUCCAAAAAAUCCAAUAUUUCCCAGAAUUCCAGGUUUCCCAUUAAUAAUUAAUUGGCCAUGUAGAGGUUGCCCUCUAGUGGGUUCUGUGGACCACCACACACUGCCACGAAAGCCCGGAUUUCAGAGUACAAAACUGUUUUAUUUUCAUAAAUACUGGUAGGGUUUUUUUUUUUUUUUUGGCUUCACGGUGGCAGAGGGGUUAGUGCGUCUGCCUCACAAUACGAAGUUCCUGCAGUCCUGGGUUCAAAUCCAGGCUCGGGAUCUUUCUGUGUGGAGUUUGCAUGUUCUCCCCGUGAAUGCGUGGGUUCCCUCCGGGUACUCCGGCUUCCUCCCACUUCCAAAGACAUGCACCUGGGGAUAGGUUAAUUGGCAACACUAAAUUGGCCCUAGUGUGUGAAUGUGAGUGUGAAUGUUGUCUGUCUAUCUGUGUUGGCCCUGCGAUGAGGUGGCGACUUGUCCAGGGUGUACCCUGCCUUCCGCCCGAUUGUAGCUGAGAUAGGCGCCAGCGCCCCCCGCGACCCCCAAAAAAGGGAAUCAGCGGUAGAAAAUGGAUGGAUGGAUGGUAGGCUUUUUUAAUUUUAUUUUAUUCUUAUUAAUUAAAUCAAUAAAAAAAACACAAGAUACACUUUAAAUUAGUGCAUCAACCCCCCCCCCACAAAAAAAAACAACACCCUCCCCCAUUCACACUCAUCCACACCCAUUCACACAAAAAGGGGUUGUUUCUUUCUGCUACCAAAAUUCUGGUUCCCACAACAUAGACAACACAGUCUGCAAGGGACACAGUCCCUGAAGCACACUUGAUUGUUUUUGCCGCUGGUCCACUUUCAUUAUCAUUAAUCAAUAUUUUUUAUGUAAUAGUUUUUAUAUUAUUUUACUUUCUUUUUUAUCCAAGAACAUGUUUUUUAUUUAUUUAUUCAUCUUAUUUUAUUUUAUUUGUAAAUAAAAAAGGACCUUAUCUUUGCUUUCCAGCAAAUUGUCUUUCCCUCAGUUCGUGUCUCUCUUUCUCUCUCUCUAGCUCCCACUCUCAGCCGUGUCUCGUGCCGGCUGCUGCUAAUAAAGGCGACAGGUGAUUAGAUAACAAUGCCCACCUGGGCCUUUCACCCACUGUCUUCGAGGCCGGUCUUUAAACACCCAGUUCCGCGGCAGGCCUGCAGGCGAAGCCCCCCCUCCACAGGCAUAUUUGGAACUUCCCCCAUUUCCAAAUUUUUCAACCGAUUCAAACCAUUCCAACUUCAACACAUCCCACCAUCCUGGAAAUUCAAACUCCUUUUUUUCGACUGCAAAAACAUUCCAGGAUUUUCCAGAAUUCCUGGUUUUCCAAAGAAUCUUUUCCACCCUUUUUUCUGGCCACUACUCCUAAAUUUUUCAACGCAUUUCAACCGUUCCACCGUCAAAAAAAUUCUCUAAAUUAGGACAAAAAACAAACUUGUUUUUUGAACUGUAAAAAUUUCCGGUUUUCCCCAAAUUUCAGGAAUUUUAUAAUACCAUUAAUCAAUUCAACAUGUUACUACUUCAACAUUUCACAACCGAUUUAAAAAUUUGGCACCAACCAUUUCAAUUCAUUUAGACCAGAGGUCACCAACGCGGUGCCCGUGAGCACCAGGUCGCCUGUAAGGACCAGAUGAGUAGCCCGCUGUCCUGUUCUAAAAAUAGCUCAAAUAGCAGCACUUACCAGUGAGCUGCCUCUAUUUUUUAAAUUUUAUUUAUUCACUAGCAAGCUGGUCUCGCUUUGCUCGAAAUUUUUUAUUCUAAGAGAGACAAAACUCAAAUAGAAUUUGAAAAUCCAAUAAAAUACUUUAAAGACUUGGUCUUCACUCGUUUGAAUAAUUUUUUUUUUUUUUUUACUUUGCUUCUUAUAAAAUUCAGAAAAACAAUUUUAGAGAAAAAAUACAACCUUAAAAAUGAUUUUAGGGAUUUUUAAACACAUAUACCUUUUUACCUUUUAAAUUCGUUCCUGACAAUUUAAAAUUUACAGCCCACCAGGCUGCACCAAACCUUUGAUGCCUUGUUGACACAUAAAAGUACAGUGGUGUAUGCGCAGCAGCUAUGAAGGUUGCAAGCCUGUUUGGUUCAACUUAUCUUUGGGAAUCAGCCUUUUCUGACAUGAAGUUCAUCAAGAACAAACACAGAACACGCCUCACAGAUGCACAUCUGCAAGACUUACUCAGAGUUGCAGUGUCAAGUUACACACCAGAGUACAACACACUAGUUAACAGCAUGCAAUGCCAGGCUUCCAGACAACUGACAAAGAAACAGAUAACAGAUAUGGUGUCCACUUCAAUGUGUGACAUGAUUUAUUUAAAAAUUUGAGAGUUUACUUUUGUAUUUUACAUGAGUUAUUUGUACAAACAUGGUGCAAUGUAAUUUAUGAUUUGUUAAAAAAUGUUUGUGGCUAGCUAGUUAAGAUGGGAUAUUGUGAUUUCACAAGACUGCCUUAGAAGUGAUAAUUUGAAAAUGUUCAAUUUGAAAAAUGUGCACUUAGAGAAAAUUCAAAAAUAAAGUGUUGCAUACUGAUA